AUGUCUAGACCCCACGGGGCUACGCUGAAUUUGCAUAUUUCCCAGGCGUUGGAAGCCGAAGGGGCGAUAGCCUCCGCCGCCUCUCAGAAAGCGGCUCUGGAAGCUGCCAUCAAUGCCGCUGAACAUUACAUGAAGGCCUUGAGUCUCGCACCAUCGAACGAUAAGGUUCAACUCGAUGCUAAAUGCAAGGAACUCAUCACCCGUGCCGAGCGGAUCAAGGCGGCCGGAGACUGGCAAUCGGCGGCCCGCCAGAAACCUGUCUCCAAGCUACAGCCACCCACGUCCAAGCGCAAGCUCACCACUCGUGAAGAGAUCAUCGUGUUAGAGGGAGCAAAGCUUAAUGGAUUUAUCUUUCCACCAUGGGAGCGCCCACCAGCAUCAGCUGAAUUCGAACAGCCAUUCACGGAUUCUCCCGAUCUGCAACUCUCUGGUUGUCAAGAGGAAAUAUUUGCUGGGUGGAAGCGACCAUCCGAUUUACUACAUGCCAGAAAUGUCACAAACCAGACACAAGAUGCGGAGAUGCCUGCGAUGUCUGUAAUGGGGACAUCUGAUCUUGUUCAAGAUGUCUUGACCGAUUGCUCUGUAAUUGCAAGUCUAUGUGCAACUACUUCUAGGUCAGAGCGAGGGCUGGGAAAGCAUGCUUCGCCAUCCAUGUAUCCCCGUGAGCGUGGCUCAGACGAACCAGCUCUCUCCCCAUCAGGGAAAUACAUUUUCUGUUUCUACUUUAAUGGUGCCUUUCGAAAAGUCGUUAUAGAUGACCGGUUGCCAUCCUCAAAUACUGAACGACCACUUCAUGUGAUUGACCGCAAUCACUCAAAUUUCCUGUGGCCUGCCUUGGUUGAAAAGGCAUACCUGAAAGUCCGCGGAGGCUAUGAUUUCCCCGGGAGUAACUCAGGGACUGAUCUUUGGGUGUUGACCGGCUGGGUCCCUGAGCAAGUCUUUCUCCAUAAUGAGGAUGCCACGUCAGACGAGAUCUGGAGGAGGUUAUACCAGGCCUUCUCCUAUGGUGAUGUUGUUUUGACUAUUGGAACUGGCAAACUCACCGAAAGGGAACAACAAGGUCUGGGCUUGGUCAGCGAGCAUGACUAUGCCAUUCUCAACAUGAAGGAGAACGACGGACGGCGUCAGUUCUUGCUCAAGAACCCAUGGGCAGGCGCAGAGCCUAGCAUCGUCCAUACUGGCAGAGUUGACCCUACAGACUCGGAAUACCCACCAUCCCCUCUGUCACCGGGGACUUUUUGGAUGGACUGCGAGCAGGUCUUUCAAAAUUUUGAGAAUCUUUAUCUUAACUGGAACCCUGGCCUAUUCAAGUAUCGUGAAGAUAUACAUUUUACAUGGGAUCUUUCACAAGGACGGGCUCUAUCAGGUUGCUUUGUUAGGAACCCCCAGUUCUCUGUCUACAGCGAAGAGGGAGGGACGGUCUGGCUGCUCCUGGGCAAGCACUUCAAGACAGAUGACCAUAACUAUCUAAAAAGCGAAGGCAGAGAACUUGGUUUUAUCAGCAUCUAUAUAUUCCAAGCGGGUGGUAAAAGAGUGUCCCUGAAUGAUGGUGCUUUACACCGUGGGCCCUAUGUCGAUUCACCAAACACUCUCAUGAGACUCGAAAUGCCUCCACGGACAACUUACACCGUCGUGAUUUCGGAGCAGUCACUGCCAUCAACCAACCAGAACUUUACACUCUCGGCAUUCUCGACAUCUCCAGUAUCGCUGGCUCCCUCAAGAGACAAACACAUGUGUGUGAGGAAAGUGAGCGGCUCCUGGACAACAUUGACAGCUGGUGGCAACGCAGAGUCUGCACGAUACUCUUCCAACCCGCAAUUCAGUCUUGAAGUUUCUGAGAAGACCGACGUGUCAAUUCUUUUGGAAUCGAACGAGGCUGAAUUAGCAACGCACGUGAAGCUCUUCUGGUCCAACGGCCAGCGCGUCGCCAGAGUUCGAAGCCGAGAUAUCAUUGCAGACAGCGGCGACUACCGCCGCGGGUGUGCAUUGGCUGAAACAAAAUCACUCGACAGGGGGCUGUACACCAUAGUAUGCUCGACCUUCGCGCCCGAUCAACUCGGACGCUUCGAGCUCUGGAUCUCAUCCUCAAUUCCAUGCGUGGUGCGACCGCUAGCCUCUGAAUCAGCUGGACGCCGAAGAACGGUCUCUAGUAUCGGCGUUCUGACACCAGGAAAAGACCGCAUGCUGGCGUCUUUGCGAGUAUCGCGGAUGACCCGAAUCAAACUGAUUGCCAAGAGUAAAUUGUCAACGAUCGGGUCUCGCUCUGUUGCCCCAUCGCCUGUCUUGAUGACCGUGGAACUGGGCCAAGGUCCAUACAAGAAGACACUAGCUGUUUCGGAGGAUGGCACCCAUUGUGAUGCUCCGUCUGGGGUGCGUGUAGAUGACUUCGAUCUCUCACCAAGUCCCGACUUACACAGGAAGAUUUGGAUUGUCAUCGAGCGCAUUGGAGGGCCUGGUGGGCAAGUGGAAGAUCAUUUUGAGAUUGAGGCUCUGGCUGAAGAGCGAGUGGAGAUUGGUGAGUGGAUUGUUGACGAUGCUUGA